AAACUUCUUCUCUCAACCAAACUCAUUCAUAAUUCAUCCAUUUCUCAAAAGGAAAGAGAGAAAGAGAGAGAGAGAGAGAGAGAAAGAACAAAGAAAAACACAGUUUCUUCUCUUCAAAUCUAGAACUGGAUCUAUUAACAUAAAAUGGAUUGUUCUCUGAAUCAACAAAGCUUCUUGCUUUGUUCUUCAAUUCUUCUCAUCAUGGCUAUCUCUGUUUCUUCUUUUCAUCCAACUUUUCUUCCUAAUACUAUUUUCGAUUCUCAGGAACUUAAGGGUCGGCAUCUUCUUCAAGCUAAACAAGGUUGUUCUGUGAAUUUCGAGUUUCUAAACUACACGAUAAUCACGAGCAAAUGCAAAGGACCACGGUACCCUGCCAAGCCAUGCUGUGCUUCAUUUAAAGAAUUCGCAUGCCCUUAUGCCGACGUGUUGAAUGACUUAACGAAUGACUGUGCAUCAACCAUGUUUAGUUACAUUAAUCUUUAUGGACAUUACCCUCCUGGACUCUUUGCCAGCGAGUGUCGUGAAGGGAAGUCAGGUCUAGCAUGCCCGGCAAUGCCGCCAUCUGUGUCAGCCGAUGAUACCUCAAAUCAAAUAGUAUAUAAUCCAUCUCUACUGCUUGUGCUCACUGCCUGCAUCUUCAUCGUCUUGUUAGUCUGAUAUCUCUCAAUUUCCAUUCAUUUGUUGCAUUAAUUGCAUUGUUGUAUUAUUAACGAACAAAUUAUUUUAUAUAAUAUUAUGAUGUUGCCUGAUCCAUGUAGUCGACCCUAUUUAGUAGGAUAAGGCUUGGUUGUUGUUGUUGUAUAUUUUUUUGCUUAACACGUUCAUUAUCGACUAUGCGGGAUGAUUGCAAGUUUUGUUGGAGCUUGUAUUUUGUGUGAAUUAAAUUUUUGCAAAUAUGGUCAAUUGAUUUAA